AUGACAUUUCCAGACUCAUCAUCCCAGCUCCUCUCGCCAGUGGAUCACACAGUGCCCAAGGUGUAUUUCACUUUCUAUCUUUCCUUCCUCCUAAAGGAUCCACAGGCCGGCGUUGAGUCUAUCCAAAAGGGUCUUACAACCCUGAUCAAUCGAGUUCCAUUUCUAGCAAAAGAUGUGGGACCCUCCCACGUUGAGAACCAUGACAAUGUCCACUGCAUUCAGCCCCCGUCAGCCAAGUCCCAGUCCAUACCUAUGCUUCGAAUUAGACAUCACCUGAACGAAUCAGUCCGUUCAAUGCUAGCCACUGCAUCAUGUACCGGGGUCGAAGACCUGCAAUAUUCCGAACGAUAUGCCCCAUUGCCAACAGUAAUGGAUCCCCAAGAAAGUCAGCCCAUACUGCGCUUCGUCGCGAAUGUCAUGGUCGAUGGCGUCAUUCUAUCCCUUAGUUUCAACCACAUUGCUGCAGACGGCACAGGAAUUGGGAAUAUUCUGGAGCUACUGGCGGAGUGCUGCCGCAAUGAACGCAAGCACCUUGGCCCCCAACGGUUCGACUUGAAAUUGCGCCGUCAGUUAUCCUUGCCCAGUUGUGUUGCAGGAAAACAACCGCUAAAGACGUUCUGGGAGACAUACACCCCUGAGGAGCCCUUUCAUUGUCUGGAACAGGAUACCUGGUCCAUGGCCACUGCUUCGAUGGCCUCCGAGUUGAAUACAUUUCGAUUCAGGUUUCCUACCCGGAAGAUCAAAAUCCUGAAGGACAUCUGCACUUCUGUGCUGUCAUCACAUCUCGAAGAAGACAACAUGCUGAGCAAGAAGCUCCGGCACUUUGUUUCAAGCAACGAUGUGCUCACCGCGUUUCUAUCUAUCUGUCUCCAGCAGACGCGAACUGUCGAAGCCGCUUUGCACGUUGACCACGAUUACACCGUCGCAUUCGUCGCAAAUCUCCGUUCCCGUAUGCGUCCACCCUGGCCUGAGCACUACAUGGGCGUCCUGCUCACCAUGGUGCUUGUUUCCCAAUCCGAGUUGAUUAAUUUCGUGGACGAGACAAAGGUCGCUAUUGUAGCAAGUGAGCUGGGAUUCGAUAAAGACGAGCUAGUGCAGAUCACAAACCUGUCUAUGAACAUGCGCAAGAAGUUGCAGGAGAUUGAUGACGGUUAUGUGCGAGGGCUACUCGCUCAUAUGCAAAAACAACGUGAUUGGAGCCAGAUGAAUAUCAAGGGAGGAGACUUCUCAUAUUCUAGCAUCAGACACCUGAAGGUUCACGACCUAGACUGGGGUCCAAGUCUGAGCAAGAUUGCGGGCUUUCGGUUGUAUUUUGGUUUGCUUGAAGACUUUUGCCUCUUGCUGCCUGCAGACCAGACGGGAGACUGGGAUAUGCAAAUUAGUCUACGGCCAAGUCAUCAGCGGGCGUUGAUGGAGAAUCGGUUGUUUCGGUGGGCCACAGGGGAUUAG